AUGAGUAAUCCAAACUCUAACAUUAAACGAGAAAUUCCAUCAAAUUCCUUAUCAAAUUCUCAUAAAACACUUCCAAGUAAUAAAAGUUUCACUUCAUCUAGAUCUCAUUUACAAGAGUUGCCAUCUAAGCCUUCCCGUGAGCAAGAAAAAGCAACUAUUCUCGCAAUGGAAAAUAAGGACUGCAAUGUAAACUAUCUUAUAGAAGCGUCUUGAAUUAAAGACUGAGCUCUAUAUAUCUCAGGAAGCGAACCUCCUGGGAAAAUGAGGACAAAAAAGCUGCUAAACUCGAAAGAAAAGCUUAAAAAGAAAUUAUCUUUCAAAAAAGACUAUAGGGUACUUACUCUCUCCCCCUUCCCUAAGCGAACAAAGCCAUUAGAAAAAUUCCCCAAAAACCCACCCUCCGUGAGCGAACAAAAAUUUUUUUUUGGGAAAAAUAUAUUUGAUAUAUAAGUGAUAAUUAGUAUAAUAAAAUCUCAUGCUAAUUCUAUUUAAUUUUAAACAAAUCGCACUUUAAAAAAUAAAUUUUACAAAGUAAAUUAAUAUUUGCUUCUCAAUUUUUACAAAUUAGAAUUUUUUUAAGUUUUUGAAAAAAAAGUUUUCGAUAAAAUUAUAUAUAAAUUAUUUUUUUAAAAAAAAAUUAACCCCCUUCCAUGAGCGAACAAAAUUUUUUUUCGCUCACUGAGGGAGGAGUUAAUAAAGACCAAUGGUAUUUUCUGAAAUCUAUACAUGGAGCUGAUCCUUCAGUUAAGAAAAAAAAUAAACAAAGGUAUAGCGAAAGCAAAAAAAUAGAGCAAGAAGAAAAUAACCAAGACGAUUCUCAAAGCACCCCAAAAAACUGUGCUUUAAAUCUAAGACUGCCUUCGAAUAUAAGAUCAUCUAGCACCGCUGACAACUCUUUUAUUGCUCCAAAGCCAUCACAUGUACGAACUCUUUCAGAAAUUACAAUCCCCAAAAAGCAAACUAUAGUUACAGAAAUCGCCAAUUUAAAACCUCCUCCAGCAUCAGCAGAAUUGAAGUCUGGGAAGGAUACUUUAGAAUCUUACACAAGAAGCACCAUGCAUAGCACUCCUCAAGAAUCGAAUUCUGAUUUUGCUUUAAUAAGCCCUUCAGAUUAUUUAAAAAAAGGAUUAGUAGGGCUAGAUAACCCUAAAAAUUAUUGCUAUAUGAACGCUGGGGUACAAUUGUUGCUAUCAAUUGUACCUUUGAGAGAUUUUUUUUACAAACAGAAACUUGAUGGAAAUGAUUACCCAUUUACACAGAGUUUCAUUAAUGUAACGACGUCAGUCUUUAAGCUAAACCAUGGAAGUAUAGGGCCUGUUUAUUUGUGGAGGCUUAUUAAUAAAUUUUUUCCUCCAGGAAAGCAGCACGACUUACCAGAUUUUUUAAGAUUUUAUAUUGACACAAACUAGACACUGAGCUUACCAAGCCAAAUAUUUUGACCCUUUUAUAUUUAA